AUGACACCGGAUCUGGUCUGGCGAGAGGUGUUUCUCCGGGUCGACUUGCAGGAUUUGGGCCGCGUUGUUCAGGUAUGCCAACAGUUCCACUCGUUGAUCGACGAGACGUUCUGGAAACGACGCUGCCAUUUCGACGGCAUCGACCUGCCGCCGGCUCGUGUGGUGGCUGUUGGUGAGCAAAAUGGCCAUCGCUUUGACUAUCGGCGCCUCCUCGCCAUCGCAUCAGCCAGCCAUACCAACCCGUAUGGCAAAAAUAUCAUCGGCAGGAUUCCGGUGAACCAGCCGCAGCAUCCCGAUUUCAACGGGAACCCGGCGUGCUAUAUUUAUGUCAGCAGAUUACUCUACGAGGAACCGCCAGUCGGCUGCUUCGCGCCGGGCCCCUCGCACUGCUUGGCCGCGCAUUGUCACUGGGGACUGCGCCGGAUUCGACUGGAACUCCUGGAAUGUGGUUUUGAGGACUGGAUUCUCGACCACGUGCGCCCAAAAAUUGUCGUCGGCGAACGACAUGCGCCCAGAAAUGAUGCCUCGGCCACCUAUGAUUUUACAGCCGAGCUCCGAAUCGCCGGCGAAGUGGCCCCCCGGAUUCCAGACAUGAUAAAGCAAGAACGACACAAGCGCUUUUCAGCCGAAUACGAAAAGCGGUCAGAACAGCCAUGGACUACGGAAUGCGUCGAAUUUGAAGGCUAUACGAGUGGCAUCAGGUACUUGACCGUCAAGAGCGAGGGGAGCACGCUAUCGGACGAGCCCGAGGACUGCCGCGGAAUGAAAUUCACCGACACCUUCAUACGCGUCGAAUUCCCGGCCGAAUUGAAGUGGCAUGAGAUGGAUGCAACUUCCCGCCCGUCCUGCAAUGUGCCCGUAAUG